CGCACCCAGGUCAUCGUUUGUAGCUCACACGCACAUCUCGAGCUCCGUCGCUUCUUCAAACUUAAUGAAGACCCGACUCAAGUGCGUCCACAAGACUGCUGAAACAGGUCUUUUGUUGAUAACGUUCGCUUGACAACGGUUGGGGUUUCCAGGACACUAAGCUAACAUUUAAUUAUAUUGUGUCUUUCAUUAUGAUUUUGACGCAGAAACAUGGAUUUUAUCGCAGGGUGGCAUCUAACGAGAGGGUUUGACGUCGGUGUUUUGCUUUCCAUCGCAUGGGAGAGCUGUAAGCAACCGAGGAAGGAGAUCGCAGGUGGUCUUUGAACGGAUAUCUGUCAAAAAAGAGAGACAGUUUUGCUCGAGCCUACGGUAGAAUUAAUUAGGACACCGGGAGACAGAUUUACAGAACAGUGUUUGGCAGAAACAGUUCAACGGAGUGUUAAAGAUGGAAACGGUAAUUGAAAGAGAAUGCAGUGCGUUGGGAGGACUUUUCCAAACAGUGAUUGCAGACAUGAAGAGCAGCUACCCUGUCUGGGAUGACUUCAUCAGCAAGGCUGGAAAACUCCAAUCACAGCUGAGGACAACGGUUGUCGCGGUAGCAUCCUUCCUGGACGCCUUUCAGAAAGUGGCCGAUCUGGCGACAAGCAGCCGAGGUGGGACCAGGGAUAUAGGCUCCGCCCUCACCAGGAUGUGCAUGAGACACCGCAGCAUCGAGGCCAAGCUCCGACAGUUCUCCCUGGUGUUCCUGGACUGUCUGAUCAACCCUCUCCUGGAACAGAUGGAGGAGUGGAAGAGAGUGGCCAACAUUCUGGACAAGGAACACGCCAAAGAGUAUAAGAAGGCCCGUCAGGAGAUCAAGAAGAAGUCUUCGGACACGCUGAAGCUGCAGAAGAAAGCAAAGAAAGCCGACGACCUCGGCCGCGGGGACGUCCAGCCCCAGCUGGACAGCGCCAGGCAGGAUGUGAGUGAUAAGUGUCUGCUGCUGGAGGAGACAGAGAAGCAGGCGCUGAGGAAGGCUCUGGUGGAGGAGAGGAGCCGAUUCUGCUCCUUCGUCUCCAUGCUGAAGCCGGUGGUGGAGGAGGAGAUGUCCAUGCUGGGGGAGAUCACCCACCUCCAGACCCUGAAUGAUGACUUGAAGUCCCUGACCAUGGACCCCCACAAGCUGCCCCCGGCUAGCGAGCAGGUGAUCGUGGACCUGAAGGGUUCCGACUGCGUCUGGGCCUACCAGACUCCACCCUCCUCCCCCAGCACCACCGUAUCCAGGAAGUCAAGCAUGUGCAGCAGUCUGAACAGUGUGAACAGCAGUGACUCUCGCUCCAGUGGCUCCCACUGCCACUCCCCCACCUCGCACUUCCGGUACCGGAGCUCCGCCCUCCCCCAGCAGGGAACCGCCCGCCUCUCCAGCGUCUCCUCCCACGACUCUGGAUUCAUCUCCCAGGACGCCUACCAGUCCAAGUCCCCCUCGCCCAUGCCCCCUCCAGACACUCAGACCUGUCUAUCUCCAGCUGUCUCUCAAACUGUCAGCCAGGAAAAUUCUUCCUCUUCCUCCUCAUCGUCACCUGACCUUAAGGAGCCUUGCUCCAGCACAGGGCCAGAAAAGUUGUCAAACGGCUUCGACCAUCAAGUGCUCACCGGCGCCCUCUGUUCACCUGGAGGGGCAUUACAGGAGAGCCACCUCCACCUCCCCCUCCACCUCCCUCCAUUCUCCCACUCCUCCUCCCCCCUCGCCUCCCCCACCUCUCCCAUGUGGGCGGGGCCCAGAUCAGGCUCCUCCCCUCCCUAUUGCAUCCUGGGACCUGGCAUGGUCCCAUCCUCCAAGGUCCCUACUUGGAAGGACUGGGCCAAGCCUGGGCCCUAUGACCAGCCCAUGGUGAACACACUGAGGCGCCCCAGGGACAGGAAGGACACUACAGAUCCCAGCAUGCCCCUGGGCACCGAGGCCACCACCCCGCGGGAGGAGCCUCAGAGGGCCAGGAGCACCAUUCACAACUCUUCACCGAAGGAGGACGUGGAGGUGCAUGAGGAGCUGGCCAGGGCUCUGUCCAGAGGGCUGCAUCUGGACAUCCAGCCCUGCAGCAGAGACUCUCUCCAGGGCUCCAGUGGCUACAGCACCCAGACCAACACGCCCUGCUGUUCUGAGGACGCCAUUCCUUCCCAGGUCUCAGACUACGACUACUUCACAGUGGGCGGAGAUCAGGAGGUGGAUGACAGGUCCUGUACCAUCCCCCGCACCAGCGAGAUCAGCCAGUCCUACCGCCGGGCCUUUCAGACCAAGCGCCCCGCCUCCACCACCGGCAUUCCCUCCCCCGGCCCUGCCAUCAUCACCCCCGGCGUGGCCACCAUUCGAAGGACCCCCUCCUCCAAGCCCAACCUGCGCAGGCCCUCCGGGGGCCUGGGGCCCAUCCCAAUCCGACCCCCCAUGAUCCCCGUCAAGACCCCCACCGUCCCUGACCACCCUGGGGGGGGCUUCUUCCCCGGGGGGGCCCUGCAGGAGAGCAGCGAGGGGGGCCCGCCGAGUCUGCGCAGCCCGCUGUCGCCUGGCAACAACAACAACAACAGCAGCACUGGGCCCCGGGCCCCCCGAAGCCUCUGGGAUGCCCCGCGUCACACCUCCUCUGACCCCCCCACCCCGCCCCCCCAGCCCGGUGGGCGGGGCCCGGAAUGGCAGGCCCUCCCAGAGGUGCUGGAGGAGGGGGAGCUGGGAGGGGAGGCAGGGGAGGCUGGGGGGGAGGGGGAGGACAUGCUGGUGGCCAUACGACGGGGGGUGAGGCUGAAGAAGACCACCACCAACGACCGCUCCGCGCCCAGGAUAGUGUGAAGAGGCCUGGGGAUGCUUGGUCUGGCCUAGUCUGGUCCAGUCCGGCCUGGUCUGGCCUUGCUUUGCAUUUAUUUUCAAAUGAAUGGAAAAGAUCAAAUGUUUAUUUGUAUGUACAUAUUUAUAUUUUGAAGUGUUUGUAUGUUUAAUCAGUGGUCCUCUUGACCCUCUUCUUAACCUUUCCCAGCCUUCCUGAAUCCCUAUAAAAGGUGCCAACGAGAGCUAGAAUAACCCACGGGCUUUAUUGUCUUUAACAGAGCGAAUCUUCUCUGUGUGUCCUCAGACUGUGUUUCACAGAGAAAACACUCAAGUUGUCAGAGCGUCAAAGGAGAGCAAGUCAACUCUUUAGUGGUGUUUCAAUAACACUUUAUUCUAAGUUGAAGAUGAUUCAGAUGUAUUGGAAAAAAAAAACAGAUACUUGCAUGUCCAACAGGAAACUCCUCGCAUCGACUACACUGAAUCCUCAGUAUCUGUGACUGACUAGGUCACACAAGGAUGGAAAACACUGAAACCUAUGUCACUGACUGACGGACAAACUGAAAUCAGCGCAGUUUCUGACAACGUUCAACUUUAAGAAUGUCCUCCCAGAAUUCAGCCCGGCAGUUUUCCGCUGAGGUGACACCACAGUGUUUCCCUCAGACCCUGAUACGACGUCCGGUAGACUCAGCUACUCAGAAUGUAAUCAGUCGCAGGUGUAGUGGCUAAGCAUUUACAAACCUGCAGUAUUAGUAAAUGUUAAGUUACAAGUCUUUUACAGUUACAAAGCUUAAUAUGCGGUAGUGUAGCAGAGCCGGUUGGGAACCACUCGCUCUGGAUGAGUUUGCCCUCAGUUGUUCUCCUCUUGGUCUAAUGGUAGACGUUUUAGAGAGGAGACCCGGGUUUGAUCCCCGUUCUCCCGUGUACGUCCCAGUGAACCAAUAUCCCACAUAGCCACCAUCUUGUAACAUCUUGUCCUUGGCCUCAUGUUGACCUUUAGUUGAGUCCUUCUCAUCUGCUCUCAUCCCAGUGUGUGCUGUGGUAGACGCGCCCUCCAUCGACACAUAGAAACGUAGAAUACAGCAUGUGGUUUUUGUAAGUGUUUUUCGACAUAUUCCUGCUGGUCUUGGAGAGCGGUUGGACGUUGUGUAUGACGACUGAAGCCUCUGGUUGCCCUCCUUCCGAUAUAAACCAAGACGGGGAAACGUUGAACAUGUAGCCGAUGCAACUCCAUGCACAUGACGCUGUGAGUCCUGAGAGAAGAGGGCAUCUCUCUGGUGCUGUAAGAAGUCCGACGCCGUCCCUUUACCCAUCUGUAAUAUAACACUGCUCGUGGAUUCCUCUCCAAGCACAGCUGCUGAUGUGUAUCACAAGUUGCCAAAAUCUUCUAUGCGCUUAACGGUUAGCAGUCGUUUCAGUUGGUGUUUUGAAUGUCGUUGUCGAAGAAGACUCGAGGCGUCGCCUUUUCUCUCUUCGGCGAUGAUUUUAUCUUCAUGUCGGUGAGGAUUGGUGAAAGUAGUAUUCAGGAAUGUUAACUUGUAACUAAACUCAAUUUUUCUUUUUAUUUGUGAAACCCCUGUGCUUAAUACUCACGCACGGCUAAACCCAUGAUUCCUGGGUCUUCAUUUCCGACAAAUAGUUGCAGAUGUGUUAUAAUAAAGUGAAUUAUACAAUUACAAAAUGUGGUAGGCUAAAUGCCCGCACUUUAAAAACGUUUAAAGAAAUUAUUGAUGUAUGACUGCUUUUUCACAGUAUCACAAGGAGGGAUUGUGUUCCUGUAUCAGUUGAAGUGUUAGAGAAAGUCCCAAAAUGAAAGUUUGAGAAAAAAACACCCACAAAUUUUCACCAGAAAGCAAUUGAAAGGGAGAAGGGGCGGAAUAAGGCUGAAAUUGGUGAGUUUAGUUGCACUUUAGAUGUACUGCCCGUUGGUAAUUGAAGCUAUUGUUGACAAUUAGGACACUGUGAGCUGAUGUUGCGAUUGGACGGAUCUUAACCAUGUGAACUCUGUCUGUACCCUGGCACUUGAUAGUCUACUGUCCAGUUCCUGAAUCAUGUGUCCUUUUUUCUAUGUAACUGUUAUUUCAGGUAACAAUAAAACGUAGCAGGAAGUGUGUCUGUUGAACCAAAA